AUGCAUUGGCUGAGCGUGGGCGUGCUGGCCGUCUUGGCGUCGAGUGCGCUCGGCUGCCGCUACAAGGGCAACAGCUACGUCAACAACGAGACUUGGGAGGAAAAGGGCGCCUUCCGCAUGAAGUGCAUCAUUGAGUCGAACGGCUCGUGGAGGACGGAUGUGGUGGGAUGUCUGACGCCCGAUGGGGUUGAGGUACCCGUGAAGGGGAAGAAGUCUAUUGGGGAACACGAGUGGAGCUGCGAGCAAACCGCCGAUGGGCACAUCACCCUCAAGCAGGAGCUCGGCAAGAAUGCCGAUUGCCCGGGUGGACACAAGAGGGGCGACACGUGGACGGAGAAAUCGUUCGAAUUCCGCUGCGACGAGGGUGGCCAGCAAAAGUUUGUGGGCUGCGUGACGAACACGGGUGUCAAAAUUGCGAACGGGCAGAGCAAGGAGCUGCCCGGCGGCAUGGUCGUCGAGUGCAAGAUGUUCCCCAACGGAACCGUGUCAAUGAACGGCGUCGGCAAGAAGGCCGACGCGAACUGCGUCGACACCGAGGGCAAGCAGCACCGUGUUGGCGAAAAGUGGGUCCAGGGAAAACACUUCCAAAUGGAAUGCAAGCCGCACGGCGAGACCAAGAUGAGCGGCUGUGUACUGCCCGACGGCGGCGUGAUCGCUAUUGACUCGGUGCUGACGAAGGGCACAAUGGAAUACCACUGCGAAAUGAAGGGCGGCGCGCUGAAGUUCUACAGCAAGCCGAAGAACAAU